GUUGACAGGCGGCCCCGGGGGCGGUGGCCCAAGUGGCGGCUCCGGCGCGAUGGCGGGGGCGGCGGGGCGCAUGGCCGAAGUGAGCUGGACGGUCUUGGAGCGGAGAGCCCGGGCCAAGCGCUCAGGCUCCGUCUACGAACCUCUUAAGAGCAUCCACCUCCCGAGGCCCGACCAUGGGACCCUGUGGGACCGGCUGGACCGCUACUACGGCAUCGUCAAGGCCACGCUGCUGCGCUACCAGAGCCCGACCACGGGCCUCUUCCCCACGAAGACGUGCGGCGACGACCAGAAGGCCAAGGUGCACGACAGCCUGUACUGCGCCGCGGCGGCCUGGGCGCUGGCGCUGGCGUACAGGCGCCUGGACGACGACCAGGGCCGGACCCACGAGCUGGAGCACUCGGCCGUCAAGUGCAUGCGCGGCGUCCUCUACUGCUACAUGCGCCAGGCGGACAAGGUGCAGCAGUUCAAGCAGGACCCGCGCCCCACCACGUGCCUGCACUCCAUCUUCCACGUGCGCACCGGCGACGAGCUGCUCACCUGCGAGGAGUACGGCCACCUGCAGAUCAACGCCGUGUCGCUGUACCUGCUCUACCUGGUGGAGAUGACCUCCUCCGGCCUGCAGAUCAUCUACAACACGGACGAGGUCUCCUUCAUCCAGAACCUCGUGUUCUGCGUGGAGAGGGUGUACCGGGUGCCCGACUUCGGCGUCUGGGAGAGAGGCAGCAAGUACAACAACGGCAGCACGGAGCUGCACUCGAGCUCCGUGGGCCUGGCCAAAGCUGCUCUGGAAGCGAUUAACGGGUUCAACCUCUUCGGCAGCCAGGGCUGCUCGUGGUCGGUGAUCUUCGUGGACCUGGACGCCCACAACCGCAACCGGCAGACGCUGUGCUCGCUGCUGCCCCGGGAGUCGCGGUCGCAUAACACAGACGCCGCCCUGCUGCCCUGCAUCAGCUACCCCGCCUUCGCCCUGGACGACGAGGCGCUGUUCAUGCAGACGCUCGACAAGGUGGUCCGGAAACUUAAAGGAAAGUACGGAUUUAAGCGCUUCCUGAGAGACGGGUACCGGACGUCCUUGGAGGACCCCAACAGACGCUACUACAAGCCGGCCGAGAUCAAGCUGUUUGAUGGCAUCGAAUGUGAAUUCCCCAUAUUCUUCCUGUACAUGAUGAUCGAUGGCGUCUUCAGAGGCGACGCUCAACAGGUCAAGGAGUACCGGGACCUCCUGACCCCAGUCCUUCACCAGACCACGGAAGGCCACCCGGUCGUGCCCAAGUACUACUACGUGCCCGCGGACUUCGUGGAGCUGGAGAAGAGGAGCCCCGGCAGCCAGAAGCGCUUCCCUAGCAACUGUGGCCGCGACGGGAAGCUGUUUCUCUGGGGACAGGCCCUCUAUGUCAUCGCCCAGCUCCUGGCGGACGAGCUGAUCAGUCCCAAGGACCUGGACCCCAUCCGGCGGCACGUCCCGCUGCAGGACCGGCGCAACGUGAGCAUGCGGUUCUCCAACCAGGGCCCGCUGGACAACGACCUGGUGGUCCACGUCGCACUCGUAGCAGAAAGCCAGCGCCUGCAGGUCUUCCUCAACACCUACGGCAUCCAGACACAGACGCCGCAGCAGGUGGAGCCCAUCCAGAUAUGGGCGCAGCAGGAGCUGGUGAAGGCGUAUUUCCACCUGGGCGUCAACGAGAAGCUGGGGCUCUCGGGGCGGCCGGACCGGCCCAUCGGCUGCCUGGGCACGUCCAAGAUCUACCGCAUCCUCGGGAAGACGGUGGUCUGCUACCCAAUCAUCUUCGACCUGAGCGACUUCUACAUGUCCCAGGACGUCCUGCUGCUCAUAGAUGACAUCAAGAACGCGCUGCAGUUCAUCAAGCAGUACUGGAAGAUGCACGGCCGGCCGCUCUUCCUCGUGCUCAUCCGGGAGGACAACAUCAGAGGCAGCCGGUUCAACCCCAUACUGGACAUGCUGGCAGCCUUCAAGAAAGGAGAAGUCGGAGGGGUCAAGGUGCACGUCGACCGCCUGCAGACGCUGAUCUCCGGGGCCGUGGUGGAGCAGCUGGACUUCCUGCGCAUCAGCGACACGGAAGAGCUCCCCGAGUUUAAGAGUUUCGAGGAACUGGAGCUCCCCAAACACUCGAAGGUCAAACGGCAAAGCAGCGCCUCUAGCGCUCCGGAGCUGGAGCGGCAGCCGGAGGUCACCGUGGCCGAGUGGAAGAACAGACCCACGCAGGACAUCCUGCAGAAGCUGCAGGUGAGGGCGGUGCCAACGCGGGGGCCCGGCCGCAGCCAGAAGUCCUACUGCCAGGCUGUCGCCGACACAGCCAUUCCCAUGGAAACAGAGCCCGGCCUCGCAAACGUGGCACUAGGACUUCUCAGCGGGAGCAGGCAGAUGGAACGCUGGCACCGGAUCUGCGACACCUGCAGGUUCCGGUGGGGGCCUCGCCGGGUCCAAGUGCAGCUGGGGAGGGCAGCUCCCGGAGCGCACGGGGUGCCCCCCAACCCCCCAGUCUCGGGCCUGCUCUCCUUCUGCCAAACCAGGACAGCGACAGGCACACUCCUGCAGCCGGAGAAGCCGCAGGUGUCACGGGCGUCCUCCUUCUGGGGAGGACAGGUCCGAGCAGGGGAGCAGGCAUCCGACACCCAGCUUGGCGACUGUCAGUCUGCUCAGAGGGCCGUGACAAAUGCCACAGAUGCGGCAGCUUACGCAGGCUGGGCAUCUGAGACGGAGGUGCCGAGUCCCGCGGGCCCCCAGAGAGGCGCCGUGAAGUCGCCCGCUCGUUCCGUCCCCACUCGGCCCGAGAGAGCCCAGUACGCAGCCCUCUUGUUGGGUGUCCUCCUACAGGGCUGUGCCUGGGGCUCCCCCCGGCCCCGUGCCCAGCUGACUGGGGAGCCCGUGGCAACCCCCCCCAACCCGAUAGUGAAUGUGUGCCCCGGGCCCUGUGCUGGGGCCCCUGGGACACCCAGCUGGUCCCACCCUGAGAAGCAGCAGCCCCCAGACAGGCACGGCUGGGUCCGGCCCACCCGCGAGGGUGGGCAACAGAGACUUGGGAACGAGAGGGCAGAGGCGGUGGCGACCAGACUUCAGAGCGCCACUCACCAGUGA